AUGUCAGUCCUGAGAAACAGAAUGUUUACCUCAUACAAACACUUCCAGGAUAAGCUGGCCACACCUACCUUAUCAUUAUUCAAUUUGGCACAGAUACAAGUGUCUCAGCUGGUUAGUCCUACCAGUCAAACUGUUCCAUUAUGUACAUCAUCAGCUCACAUCUGUUUGAGACAACAGUGGAAAAAACAGACUGGACAAUAUCUUUUUGUGAGAUCUGGCAAUAUCAGCUUAAAUCAUGUUAGGACUGGUUAUUCAUCAAUGAGGGAAACAGACAAUCAACAACAAGAACGUUUAUUGUCUCAGAUGAAUAUUCGGUUGGUGAAUGAAAAUAACUUCUUGUCCUGGUGCCGCAAUACCUACUUAUCCUCUGUUGUUGGUGUGGCUAUGAUCACAGAAGGAACAACAGUAUUAGCUCAGAGUGCAGGAGUAGGUGCCCUGGUUGUGGCUAUGAUGAAUCUCUUCUGGGGGACAGGCUGUCACAUCACCAACCUGAUCAGACUGAGGCAUAUUUCUGGGAUGUCUGGCUUCAAUAUGACCAUGAAUAUUCUGGGAUCAUCUUUUCACUUCUUUCUGUGGUUAUUUGUGCUCACAUGCUACAUAGGCUUCCUGGAUGAAACCAGUGUGUUUGUCAGUCAGCAUAAAGUUGAAACAAGCAUGUCAGAUUUGGAAGUGCAGCGAUUUGACAAGCACAAUAAAUGA